CGAGUUGCCGUGGCCACCGGUUUCAUCCCCACUCGACCAAAAAUCUCAUUUUGCCUCCUCCCUCACUCCUCUCUCUCUCCCUCUCCCUCUCCCUCUCUCUCUGUUGCACGAUGGAGGUGGGGGUGAGGAGUGAUCGGGACGAGGGGGCGCCAACGGCUACGGCGGAUGCGAGGGACAGCGGGGGAGGAUCGCGCGACGCUGACGAUGCGGUGCGGACAGGGGAGAGCGUCGCGGUCGGUGCCGGCCCGAGAUCCGAACUGCAGGUGGUUCGGUGGGAGAGGUUCCUCCCCCGGAGAUCACUCCGCAUCCUCGUCGUUGAGCACGACGACUCCACCCGGCACAUCGUCAUGGUGCUGCUCCGGAAAUGCAGCUACAACGUCGUGGCGGUCGCGGACGGGCUCAAGGCGUGGGAAGUCUUGAAGGAGAAGCGCUACAACUUCGACCUCGUGCUCACGGAGGUGGACAUACCUUCGCUUUCCGGGAUUGGGUUGCUCUCCAAAAUUAUGGCUGCCGAGCAGUGCAAAAACAUUCCUGUGAUCAUGAUGUCCUCCCGAGAUUCUAUCAGUGUUGUGCACAAAUGCAUGCUAAAUGGUGCUGUAGAUUUUCUUGUGAAACCAGUAAGGAAGAAUGAGUUGCGGAACUUAUGGCAGCAUGUUUGGAGGAGGCGUUGGUCAAGUAGGAGCACAGCUGCCUCGGACAACAUUGCUGCUAUCAAUCAUGUGAGUGUGAAUUCUGGGAAUGGAUCCAAGACUGGGGAAAACAGUGAUAGGGGUGAUGCUCAGCAGAUUUCCGGUAGUAAGCCAGAGAUGGAAAACAAAAUUGUCCAGAAGAACAUGCCAAAAGCAGAGGAUCCUGGUAAUGGCACCGAAGUUAUCACAAAUCAAUCAAAGAAUUAUGAUGAUCAUGAAACCAGAGAUGAAGCUUCUGAACCGAAGGCCCAGGUCAAUCAGUCAAUUCAAGAGGCUUUUUCGUUGGGGCAUAAAGAGGAUAAAUUUUUUUUGUAUAAUACAUCCACGUCUAGGGAGGAAGAACUGGCAUUUCUGAGACUCAAAAACCGUGAGGACAUUGAACCAAAGCCAUACUGUCAACCUGAUGCUACAACAGAUAUUUUGCAGAAUGUCAUAAACUUCAUUGAACCAAGAGGUAGCCGAAGAUGUAUGUCUGCAGCCUUGGGAAAGGUUUCAUUUAGGGAUGAUGUCCUGUGUGAAACCCCAACAUCUUCUCAUGGAAAGAGUACAUAUGAAUUUGGUUCCUCCCAGCUACAUGAGCUUUCUUUGAGAAGACCACAAAUUAAUGGCUGUGUAAGUCUGGAGUUCAAGGAAAAGCAUGUCCUGAACCAUUCUAAUGCCUCUGCUUUUUCAAGGUAUGGUGACAAAAAGAUGCAUCAUUCUUCUCAAAAGCCAGUUUCUUCUUUAUUCAUUCACACCAGAGAAUCCAUCGAUAAACCUCAGCCGCAUGUCAGUACAAAUAGCUCCUUUAAUGAGAAGGAUGGUACCAUUUUUCCUUCUCAUCCUGUACGAGAGAAUGCUUCGGUUGGUCAUUCCUCUGAUGGGGCUAAUUCCUUUUUUCGGCAUCCCCAGUCUGGCAUUUUGUCAGUGCCAGUUUCUGUUGGAGAGAUUCCUUACCAAAGCAUGUGUGCAGGAUAUCAUACCAUCCUGCAACCAAUGUUCUACCCUGAAUCCUCUCAACCACAAAAUUUGUCUGCCUCAGAGGAUCCAGGAGCAACCUCUUGCACUCCUUUGAAAAAAUCCAAUCAGAGUGCCAGCUCUAACCAGGAUAUUUACAAGGUUUGUGGAAAAAAUGAUUGUGACAAGACUACAGAAGCUGCUGCAAAUGCAGUCAAUUCUUUAGAAAAUUGGAAUGAUAUAUUCAUCCAGAACUCUGGCAGAGAAGGGUUGGAUUGUGAUCGUGCUCGUCGAGAGGCUGCAUUAAUAAAAUUCCGCUUGAAAAGAAAAGACAGAUGCUUUGAGAAAAAGGUUAGAUACCACAGUAGGAAGACGCUAGCAGAACAGCGGCUGAGGAUAAAAGGGCAAUUUGUGCGUAAAAAAGCAACUAAUUCGGCAACUGUAACAGAAUCAGAAGACUAACUCGAGUGACUUACCAUAAAUUUUCCUUCAAACUUGAUGUCCUGUCAAGUAAUUAUGAGGUAAAUUUGACAUCGGGUGUUCUCUUUUAUCGAUGUCCUCAAUUACCCUGCACGGUUCUCGUCCAUGUUGUUAGCUCGUAAUCCGAAGGAGAUAGGUGAGACAAUAUUUUCACAGGUUCUCAUACUAAAGAUGGGAGUAGCACAGUUAUAUCCCCA